AUGUCCCGGUCAAUCAGAAGAACUAGCUCUUCAUUUAUCAUUGGAUUCCAGCAGAUAAAAGACCAGCUAAAACUCAAAGAAGAAGCAGAAAAAUACGUUAAAGCUGAAGAGGCUAAAAAGUACCCAGAAAAAGCAGUGCCUUCUGGCAAAGGUCGAGAUAAGACAGAAGAAGCCAUAAAGCACUCAGAAGAAUUCCGGGCAAUGACAGAGCAUAAAAUUACGUUAGAUGAGCUUGCAAAUAACCUUGAGACAGACUUUCAAAAUGGUCUGACAGAAGAAAAAGCCCAUCUAAAACUUGGUGUUUCUGGUGAAAACAAGCUUUCCGAGAAGCAAGGACUGCCUUGAUAUAUAAGAUUUCUUAAACAAUUGACUGGAUUUUUUUCAUUGCUUCUGUGAGCUGGAGCCAUUCUAUGCUUCAUUGCCUAUGCAAUUAGUGGAUCUGACCCGUCAAAUAUAUACUUAGGUCUUGCUUUAAUAGUCACAGUACUAGCAACUGGGAUAUUUAGUUAUUAUCAAGAAGAAAAAUCAGCUGCAAUUAUGGCAGGUUUUAAAAAUAUGAUUCCUCCCAAAUGUACUGUGAUUAGAAACGGCACGAAAAAAGAAAUAGAGUCUGCGAAGAUUGUACCAGGAGAUAUUGUAGCUGUAAAGCAAGGUGGAAAAAUACCAGGAGACAUGAGAAUUAUUGAGUCAAAUAAUAUGAAGGUCGAUAACUCGACACUUACAGGAGAAAGUGAGCCUUUGUCUAGAUCAGAAAAGUGUACAAAUGAAAAAAAUCCACUUGAAACUGAAAAUUUAGCAUUCUUCGGAACUAUGUGCAGCUCUGGUGAAGGUAAAGGUGUCAUCAUUUUCACUGGAGAUCGCACAGUUAUGGGGAGAAUUGCUGGGCUAGCUAUAACAACAGAAGCAGAACAAACAACACUUAACAAAGAAAUCACGAGAUUUAUAAAAAUUAUAAGCGUUGUUGCCAUUAUUUUAGGGGCUGUUUUCUUUGGGCUAGGAUUUGCCCUUAAAUAUGCUGUAGUUGCCAAUAUUAUUAAUACAAUAGGGAUCAUUGUCGCAAAUGUCCCUGAAGGUCUGUUAGCAGAGGUCACGGUAGCCCUUUCGCUGACAGCCAAAAGAAUGGCUGAAAAAAAUGUCCUUGUUAAAAACCUUGAAGCUGUAGAAACCCUUGGAGCCACCACUUGUGUGUGCUCAGAUAAAACAGGGACUUUAACAGAAAAUAAAAUGAGAGUUGUCAGCUUGUGAUAUGAUAAAAAAAUAAGGGAUGUUGCUAACUAUGAAGACAAAAAUAAGGAGCUUGGGUAUGAUGUGGAGAAUCAGACAUUUAUUAUGAUGAUGAGAUGCGCAAUUCUUAAUAGCAAAGCUCAAUUUAAUUUUGAAGUCCCUGAUAUUAUGUUGAUGGAUAAAAAAGGAAAUUUUUUCCCUAAAGAAGAGGCUCAGAAAAUCAAGGAUAAAUAUAAAAAAGAUCUAUUAGGAAAAUCAGUAGAAUUAUGGCCAACAAUAGGUGGAGAUGCUUCAGAAAUCGCUUUAAUUAAAUUUUUUAACCCCAUUGAAAAUAUUUCCCAGUUACGAGAAAAAUAUCCAGUUCUAGUAAGGAGUGGAGUCAAAGCUGAAAUUACUUUUAAUUCAGCCAAUAAAUAUGCAGUCACUCUACAUGAGCCUACAGACUGAAACCCAAGCGAGCAUAAAAAAGACUGCAUUUUAUUCAUGAAAGGAGCUCCUGAGCAGCUGUGAGAAAGAUGCAGCACAGUUUUUAUAAAUGGAAAGGCUCUUCCAUUAUCCGAAGAAUGGAGAAAAGAGUUUGAUACAGCCAACAAGGCUUUUGGAAGCAGAGGGCAACGAGUGCUAGGAUUUGCAUUUUUAUGGCUAAAAGACUCAGAAUAUGCUAGUGAUUUUGUGUUUGAACCUCAUCAGGAAGGGGGGCCUAAUUUCCCACUCAAUGGACUAACUUUUAUAGGAUUGGCUGUACUAAUGGACCCUCCAAGAAAAAAAGUAAAAGAAGCUGUCAACUCUGCCCAUGAGGCUGGGAUUAAAGUUAUUAUGGUCACUGGAGAUCAGCCAUUGACAGCUGCUGCUAUUGCCAGGCAGGUCGGCAUCAUUACUCAGCCAAAGACAGUCAACGAUCUUGUAGAUGAAGGAAUUGAAUGAGAUAAAGCGCUUGAAUUAAGUGAUGCUAUUGUAAUCCACGGAGACAUGCUUACCAAAGCACACAUUGAAGAUUCUGGGCUGCCUUUUGGAGAGCAAAGAAUCGCAAAAUGGCUAAGCAAGAAAGAAAUUGUGUUUGCCAGAACAUCUCCUGCACAAAAAUAUAUGAUUGUAGACGCUAAUCAACAGCUUAAGCAUAUAGUUGCAGUUACUGGAGAUGGCGUAAAUGACAGCCCAGCCAUCAAAAAAGCUGACAUUGGGAUCGCGAUGGGAAUAGUUGGAAGUGAUGUCGCCAAAGAUGCAGCUGAUAUGCUCCUUAUAGACGAUAAUUUCGCUUCAAUAAUCCAAGGUGUUGAGCAAGGGAGAGUAAUUUUCGACAAUCUUAAGCGAACAAUUGCCUAUGUCCUCGCUUCAAAUAUCCCAGAAAUUCUUCCAUUUCUUGCAUUUGUGAUAUUUCAAAUUCCGCUUCCUCUGACCACAAUUUUAAUGCUUGCAAUUGACUUAGGAACUGACAUGGUCCCUGCUGUAGCUCUUGCUUAUGAAAAGCCUGAACUUGAUGUUAUGAAAAGAAAGCCUAGAAAUGCAGAAAAAGAUCAUUUAAUGACCUAUCAGCUUUUAUUCUUCGCAUAUACACAGACAGGCAUGAUAGAGGCUUGUGCAGGAUUUAUGGCUUAUUUUACAACUUUAUAUCAGUUUGGGUUUAAGCCACAAACUUUGUGAUAUUUUGCGCUAGCAGAUACAGGGACAAAACCAAGCAGCAGUGAUAUUUAUGACCCGAAUACUCAAUAUAAAGGGAAUACACAUAUAGGGAUAUCAAAAUAUGAGGGAAAAAAAGUUGAUUAUAUAACCAAUAGUGAUGGGAAAUAUGACUUAAGGAUAUGAUUUUAUAAUUAUUCAGAAAGUGAUUGGGCUGAAUGCCAGUAUUCAGGACUGAAAUCUCCUAUCACAGACCAUAAGAUUUGCUACACGAGUGAGGCUGUGCACUACGCCCAAUGUGCAUUUUUUAUUGGAAUUGUAUGUGUGCAGUGAGCAAAUAUUCAUAUUGUAAGAACUAAGGUAACGAGCUUAAUUGAUCAGGGGCUAGAUAAUUGAUUUGUUAAUGCAGGUAUGGUUUUUGAAACUUUUAUAGCACUAUUAAUAUGCUACGUGCCUGGUUUAAACUCAGCAUUGGGUGGAAGACCUUUGCCAUCAUUACUAUGGGGCUUUCCUGCAGUGCCAUUUUUUAUAUUACUGAUACUUUAUGAUGAAACAAGAAAAUUCCUGCUCAGACAAGAAAGAAAAAGACACCCUGGUCGAAAAGGAUGGAUAGAAAAGAACACCUUUUAUUAA